AUGAAUUCAUCGACAGGGUCUUCAUAUACAUUACCAGCAGUAUCUUCACCUUAUCAACAUCUUUCAGCAAAACGAAGUCACAGUUCUCAUUCAACAUCUGUUUCAACGAACGAUUUACGCGACUUAGCUAACACACUUCAAGAAUUGAAUAGUAAUUUCAAACAAAAUAUUAAAGUUUUAACGGAAAUUAAGGAUUAUAUCGCGAAAGUUUGUGAUAAACAAGAUUCUCGACCGGUCGAUGACAAUUCUGGUGUUCAUAAACUUGAACGGCAAAUGAAUACUCAUGAAAAACAACUUCCUAGUAGUUCAUUCGAACCAUAUUUGAUUUAA